CAAGCUCUCACACUACCACGUUUUCGCACAAUAGCACCAUCCCUCAAACUGCGGUUAGCAGUGCCCCGGCUGCUGGCGAAGGUCGCUCGGGUCGAGGAGAAAAUAGACAGGGAGAGCCAUUACCACGCGACUCUGAUAGGCGAAUGGACCUUAUCUGGUCGGACUUUGAAAGGGUCGUGCCCCAUCUCAACCAAGAGCUCCAAGAGGAUAAACGAGAGGUUAUAAGUGAUACAUGGGCUGGAAUCUCUGCAAAACUUGGAGAAGAUAUUCUUCCUGUUGAAAUAGAUAUUCCAAACUUGUCUUCAACAUUGCCCGGAGUUACGAACAAAAGUCUUCGAGCUGCUUCCCAAGCACUUGACCUUUUGCUCUUCUUGAGUUGCUACCUUACCGACGAAGCUAAAUUAGAUCGUCUAAUUCCAUAUACCGUUGAUCUUCUUCACGAUGAUUCAGCUUUGAUAAGAGCUGCAGCUGUACGGACUAUCUUACAAGUGGCAAUGUCGGCCAUCACCCCUUCCAACGCGUCCAUUAUCCCGGAAUACAUUCUUCAACACACAAGACAUCUUGCUAGUGAUCCAGAUGUCAUGGUUCGAUGCAUGUAUGCACAGUGUCUUGUUCCUUUGACAGAGAUUGGUGCCCUCUUUCUGGAAAUGUCGCAUGCCCUUAAAGCCCAUGGUACUAGAAGAACAGGCACAGAUUGGGAAGCCCAAGAGGAGCUCCAAUCACUCAUUCAAGAACAACUCGUCACUCUCCUGGUGGACAAAUCAUCUGUUGUCAAGCGAACAAUUUUGAACAACACAUCCACUGUUUGCGUUGGAGGCAGGAGUUUGGACGAAUACAUUUUACCAUUGAUGAUCCAAGCCCUUUCAGAUACCGAGGAAACAGUGGUGGCAAAGGUCCUACAGGCUCUUACUGAGCUUUCUGGCUUUGGAUUGUUCCAAAAGAUGAGAAUAUGGGAACUAAUGAGUGCGGUCUUUGGAUUCCUGUACCAUCCAAAUGUUUGGAUACGACAAGCUGCUCGCCAAUUGCCAAAAACGGACGUUUGGUGUAUCCUAUAUCCAUCAUUGAAAUAUUUCCUCAAAUCAGAGGUGAAGGACCUUGAUGAAGAGACGCUCCUAACAUGCGUCAAACCUCCG